AGGGGUGGGUGGGGUACCAAAGUGGAUACCGUUACAAAACAUGGCUACGGUAUCGAUCUUUUGUGUUCCACGUUUUUUAAGAAAAACUCGUAUUUUGGAAAGUGUAACAGCAACGUUUCAAGGAAGGGGUCGGUCAAACUAUGCUUCUACGUUUUCUUAUGUCGCUGAUUCAACGCAAUUUGAUGGUGAAAGUAAAAGGAUGAACCUAUUUCAAGCCUUGACAGAUGCUAUGGAUAUUGUACUUUCAUCAGAUGAAACGGCAAUUGUUUUUGGUGAAGACGUUGCAUUCGGUGGCGUGUUUAGGUGCACCGUCGGACUUCGAGAUAAAUACGGUAAAGACAGAGUAUUUAACACUCCGUUGUCAGAACAAGGCAUAGUUGGUUUUGGCAUAGGAGCAGCCUUGGCUGGUGCAACAGCCAUAGCCGAAAUCCAGUUCGCCGAUUAUAUUUUUCCCUCGUUCGAUCAGAUCUUGAACGAAGGGAGCAAAUUUCGCUACCGGAGUGGUAAUUUGUUUGACUGUGGAAAGUUAACGAUACGCGCUCCAUGCGGUGCUGUUGGCCAUGGUGCUCUGUAUCACUCGCAAUCCGUGGAGGCAUUUUUCUCGCAUAUACCUGGGGUGAAGAUUGUCAUACCAAGAGGUCCCACUCAAGCAAAAGGAUUGUUGUUAGCAUCUAUUCGAGACGAUAACCCCGUGUUGUUCUUUGAACCGAAAAUAUUAUAUAGACAGGCUGUUGAAAAUGUACCCGUUGGAGAUUACGAACUGCCUCUAUCAAAGGCUGAAGUCGUUUUGGAAGGUUCCGAUGUUACAAUGGUCGGUUGGGGUACGCAAGUCCACGUACUUCGUGAUGUAGCGCAAAUAGCAAAAGAAAAACUCGAAAUUUCUUGUGAACUCAUCGAUUUGCGAACAAUUUUACCCUGGGAUGUGGAAACCAUCGAACAGUCAGUCAACAAGACUGGAAGGCUGCUGAUUGCACACGAAGCCCCAAAGACAAGUGGGUUUGGUGCCGAAAUCGCUAGUACAAUACAGGAACGUUGCUUUCUGUCGCUGGAAUCACCAAUACAACGCGUGUGUGGCUGGGACACGCCAUUUCCGCACAUUUUCGAACCGUUUUACAUUCCCGAUAAAUGGAGGUGCUUUGAAGCGAUUAAAAGACUGACAAUUUUUUAAUUUUAUGUGCUAUGAUAAUACUUUAAUGCAAUGAUAUCAGAAUUAUUGUACAAUUAUAAUACUAAGCCAUGUUCACUUUA